AUGUCUGGUGGCUCUGUCGAGAAGCAGACUGGUCCUGCGGGGCCCCGAUUUCUCUCGCCACCGGCUGUGCCUCCGAAAAAUGGCUCGAGCUCGGAUACUUCAGUCGGGGAGAAGCUGGGCACUGCCGGGACUGACUCCGGCGCCGGCAGGACUGAGGAGUACCGGCGGCGCCGCCACACGAUGGACAAGGAUAGCCGAGGGGCAGCCGCGACCACCACUACCACGGAGCACCGCUUCUUCCGGCGGAGCGUGAUCUGCGAUUCCAAUGCUACGGCCUUGGAGCUCCCCGGCCUCCCUCUGCCCCAGCCCCAGCCUGGGGCAGUUGCCACCGCCGCCGCCCCGCCGAGUCUUGCCCCGGAGCCCCACCGUGAGGAGCCAUCGACUCUUCCCGCUGUGUCCCCGGCGGCCCCGCAGCCUCCGGUCACCGCUGCUCCUGUGGACCAUCCCAACGGCGGCCCUGCCGCCGCCGCCGCCACCGCCGGCCGCGACCCCACAGUCAAGCACGCUCAGACUGCUGCCGCCUCCAACCAUGUGGGCAGCAAAGAGGAGCCUGCGGCCGUGAGCAGCGGCAGCGGUGGCAGCAGUAGCGCCCGGGAACAGGAGGAACGGAACCAGCAGCAGGAUGACAAUGAGGAGCUAGAGACCAAGGCCGUGGGGAUCUCCAACGAUGGCCGCUUUCUCAAGUUCGACAUUGAGAUUGGCCGAGGCUCCUUUAAGACCGUCUACAAAGGCCUGGACACCGAAACCACGGUUGAAGUAGCCUGGUGCGAACUGCAGGAUAGAAAGUUGACAAAGUCAGAGCGGCAGAGAUUUAAAGAGGAGGCUGAAAUGUUGAAAGGCCUUCAGCAUCCAAAUAUUGUCCGUUUCUAUGAUUCUUGGGAGUCUACAGUAAAGGGAAAGAAGUGUAUUGUUUUGGUGACUGAACUUAUGACAUCUGGAACCCUAAAAACGUACCUGAAAAGAUUUAAGGUGAUGAAGAUCAAAGUUCUGAGAAGCUGGUGCCGUCAAAUUCUGAAAGGACUUCAGUUUCUUCAUACCCGAACACCACCUAUUAUUCAUCGGGACCUUAAGUGUGACAACAUCUUUAUUACUGGCCCAACAGGAUCAGUCAAGAUUGGAGACCUGGGUCUGGCAACUCUGAAACGGGCUUCUUUUGCCAAGAGUGUGAUAGGUACCCCAGAGUUCAUGGCCCCUGAGAUGUACGAGGAAAAAUAUGAUGAGUCCGUUGACGUGUAUGCUUUUGGAAUGUGCAUGCUUGAGAUGGCCACAUCUGAAUACCCUUAUUCUGAGUGCCAAAAUGCUGCGCAGAUCUACCGUCGAGUGACCAGUGGGGUGAAACCAGCCAGCUUUGACAAAGUUGCAAUUCCUGAAGUAAAGGAAAUAAUUGAAGGAUGCAUACGCCAAAACAAAGAUGAAAGAUAUGCUAUCAAAGACCUUUUGAACCAUGCCUUCUUCCAGGAAGAAACAGGAGUACGAGUAGAACUAGCAGAGGAAGAUGAUGGUGAAAAGAUAGCCAUUAAGCUGUGGUUAAGAAUUGAAGAUAUUAAGAAGUUGAAGGGAAAGUACAAGGACAAUGAGGCUAUUGAAUUUUCUUUUGAUUUGGAGCGAGAUGUCCCAGAAGAUGUAGCUCAAGAAAUGGUAGAGUCAGGGUAUGUCUGUGAAGGCGAUCACAAGACCAUGGCCAAAGCCAUCAAAGACAGAGUAUCUCUGAUAAAGAGGAAAAGAGAGCAGCGGCAGCUGGUAAGGGAAGAACAAGAGAAGAGAAAGCAAGAAGAGAUCAGUCUAAAGGAGCAAGUUGAACAUCCAACAAGUGUUUCUCAGGCUGGGAACAAAUCAAUUCCUUCUACCACUGGCACAGUUACUGUCUGUACCACAUCAGCCUCAGUUUCUACCCAAGUAGAGCCUGAAGAACCAGAAGCAGAUCAACACCAACAACUGCAAUAUCAACAACCUAGUAUAUCUGUGUUAUCUGAUGGAACAGUUGACAGUGGUCAAGGAUCUUCAGUCUUUACAGAAUCUCGAGUGAGCAGCCAACAGACUGUCUCAUAUGGGUCUCAACAUGAGCAGGCACUUUCAACUGGCACAAUCCCAAGCUAUACAGCUUCUGUUGUUCAAGCACAGUCCCAACCACAUGGUGUAUUUCCUCCCUCCACAGUGGCACAGAGCCAGAGUCAUCUGGCUUCUAGUAACUUGACUGGUAUUCCAUCUUCUCAAACAGCACAACAUGUUCAGCAGGGUGUACAACAGGCAGCCCCUCCUCAGCCAACAGGGCAAUAUCUUCUUCCCCAGUCAGCAGCAUCUGGUAUGGCUACAACAGCACAGCCAGUGACUCAGCCUCAGCUCCCGCAGGUCUUGCCAAUGCCUCAAGUAUCAGUUGGGAAGCAGCUUCCUGUUUCCCAGCCAGUAUCGACCGUUCAAGGCGAACCUCAGAUACCAGUUGCAGCACCUUCCCUUGCACAGCCCUCAGUUACCCCAUCUCUCUCUGGUGCUCAUUUCCUCCCCAUGGGCCAGCCACUUCCAACAUCCUUACUCCCACAGUUCUCAGUCUCUCAGAUUCCCAUGUCAACUCCUCUUGUCUCUGUGGCUCAGACAGGUUUCCCAUCCCUGCCAAACUCUAUGGCAUCUGGCAUUAACCAGCCCCUGCUCACCUUGGCCUCAUCUGCUGCAGCAGCUGCUAUCCCUGUGGGAUCAACUGUGGUCCCUAGUCAGCUUCCCACCCUUUUGCAGCCUGUUACUCAGCUGCCAAGUCAGGCUCACCCACAACUCCUUCAGCCAGCAAUUCAGUCCAUAGGAAUACCAGCUAACCUUGGACAAGCUGCUGAGACUUCACUUCCCUCUGGAGAAUCUCUAUACCAGGGUUUCCCACCUCGACUGCCACCUCAAUACCCAGGAGACUCAAAUAUUAUUCCCUCCUCCACCGUGGCUUCUGUUUGCGUCCCUUCUACAGUUCUAUCCCCUCCCUUGCCCUCGGAAGCGUUGGCUCCAUCAGGGUACCUUCCUGCAGUUGUGCAGCCUUAUAUGGAGCCAAGUGUUUUAGUUCCUGUGGGUGGUCUAGGAGGACAGGUUCAAGUACCCCAGCCAGCAAUGAGCUUAGCACAGCAGGCCCCCUCUGCACCCUCCCAGCAAGCAGCUCUGGAGAGUACUCAAGGAGUUUCCCAAGCCAGUCCUCCAGAACCUGUGCCAUCAUCACAGCCACAGACUACCACAUUGGUAUCCUCUAUAGAUAGUGCACACUCAGAUGUAGCUUCAGGUAUGAGUGAUGGCAAUGAGAAUGUUCCAUCAUCCAGUGGGAGGCAUGAAGGGAGAACUACAAAACGUCAUUAUCGAAAGUCUGUAAGGAGUCGUUCCCGUCAUGAGAAGACUACUCGCCCUAAGUUGAGAAUUCUUAAUGUGUCGAACAAAGGAGACAGAGUCGUGGAAUGCCAGUUGGAGACUCACAACCGGAAAAUGGUUACAUUCAAAUUUGACCUGGAUGGUGACAAUCCUGAGGAGAUAGCAUCAAUUAUGGUGAACAAUGAUUUUAUUCUAGCAACAGAGAGAGACUCAUUUGUGGAUCAGGUUCGAGAAAUCAUUGAAAAGGCUGAUGAAAUGCUCAGCGAGGAUGUCAGUGUGGAACCAGAAGGUGACCAAGGAUCAGAAAACUUACAAGCAAAAGAUGACUAUGGUUUUUCAGGAUCCCAGAAAUUGGAGGAAGAGUUUAAGCAGCCAAAUCCUGCAUCUUCUAUACCACAGAGAGCAGGUGUUCCUUCUAAUUCUUUAACUCAAGUUGUACAUUCAGCUGGACGGCGGUUCAUAGUGAGUCCUGUACCAGAGAGUCGAUUACGAGAAUCAAGAUUUUUUACUGCUACAUCCAAUGAAAUGUCAGACACGGCUGCUGUUGCUCCACCCCAUGGUCCUGUAAUGAAUCUUUCUCAUUCUGCUUCAUCCCUUAGUUUGCAACAGGCAUUCUCUGAACUCAGGCAUGGCCAAAUGUCAGAAGGACCCAGUACAGCUCCCCCAAACUUCAGCCAUGCAGGACCAACCUUUCCAACUGUACCUCCCACCAUGACUAGCAUGGCCAUAGUCUUCCCUCCCACAGCAACAGCUGUGCCUUCAGUAUCAGUCCCUGCAACAAGUAGCCCUUUUAAUAGUGUUUCUGCACCAGUCACUCAGUCUGUGGUCACCAUGCCUACUGAAAAGGUAAUUGCCGGAGUUGCCUCCAGUGCAGGUGUAUUAACUUCAGGUUCUUUCCCUGUACAAGUGUCUGGACCACCAUUAACUACCAGCGUGGUUUCCAGCAUUACUGCUCCUGCAGCUGUGUCAUUGUCUACUACAACUGAAUCAGUUCAGGCCCCACCAUCUGGUGGGGGAGCUAUGUCCAGUGCUGGCCCUUUUCCUCCUACAGCAGCAUCAGUAGCUCCAGUUCCUGGAAUAAGCAGUGCUGUUCCCCCAGGUGCUAUCACCCCAGCUAUGACUUCUCAGCCUGCCCAGAAGAUUGCAGCAAGUGUAGCUAUAGCAGCCACUCUGGCUUCAGCAUCUACCACCACUCCAUUCCCAAGUAUAGCUUCACAGCCACCGCUUCAGCUCAGUAGCAGCUCUGCCUCUAGUCUAGCUGAAACAGUGGUGGUUAGUGCACUCCAUCCCAAGCAUGAUGGCACACACUCAUCAGACAAGCCACCCCUUAGCAGUGUAGUGGGGCUAUCCCUGCCCCUCUCUGUACCCUUGUCUUCCUCAGGAGCAGGGAUAUCUGAUUCAACUAGUCAGCCCAGUGCACUGCAUCCCUUGCAAGUCCCAUCUGCUGCUGCUUCUACACCUGUCCUUUCACAGGCAACAGGGAUAAUUUCCACCCCAAUACUACCCCAGGUCCCUUUACCUGGUAUCCCACCCCUAGCACAGCCUGUUGCUAAUGUGCCUGCUGUACAGCAGACACUAAUCCAUAGUCAGCCUCAACCAGCUUUGCUUCCCAACCAGCCCCAUACCCAUUGCCCAGAAAUAGAUACUGAUACACAACCCAAAGCUCCUGGUAUUGAUGAUAUAAAGACUCUGGAAGAAAAACUGCGGUCUCUCUUCAGUGAACAUAGCUCUGUUGGAGCCCAGCAUGCCCCCGUCUCACUGGAGACUUCAUUGGUAGUGGAGACCACAGUCAUGCCAGGCAUCCCAACCACCGCUGUUGCACCAAGCAAGCUCAUGACUUCCACCACAAGUACUUGCUUACCACCAAGCAGUUUGCCUCUAGGAACAACUACUGGUUUGUCAGUUGUUACACCAGUGGUCACACCCGGGCAAGCUGCCACCCCAGUCAGCUAUGUUCCAGCCCCAGCCAGCAUUGCAGCAGGGUUGAAACCUGGAACCCCUCCCUCAAAGCCACCUCUUACCAGGGUACCGGUGCUACCGGUAGGUACCGAACUUCCAUCUGGUACCCCACCCAGUGAGCAGCUGCCGCCUUUUCCAGGACCUUCACUAACACAGUCUCAGCAACCUCUAGAAGAUCUUGAUGCUCAAUUAAGAAGAGCCCUUAGUCCAGAGACUGUCCCAGUCACAUCUUCAGUUGCUCCCACAUCAGUAGUGGCUCCAACAUCAGUUGCCGGAGCAGUGCCAGUGGUAGCACCAGUUCAGAAAGCAUCUCAGAGCAUAGAAGAUAAUACCAUAAUGAACAAUGCAGAGGCCAAUGUUCUUAAGAUGGGCCGAUUUCAGGUAUCAGUUGCAGUAGAUGAUUCCUUGAAGGAGAGCAAAACUAAAUCUGAGGAAGUAAAGUCUGUUCAUUUUGAGUCGAGCACUUCAGAGUCCUCAGUGUUGUCAAGUAGCAGUCCAGAGAACACUCUGGUCAAGAAAGAUCCUGGUGGACUCGCCACAGCCCUCUGUGGUACCUCCUUGGAUAUAGUGGAUGGUGUUCCCUCUCAGAAAACUUCUGCUACACAGACAAAGCCAGAAGCUGAGCAGCCCACCACUGUUGGCCGUUUUCAGGUGACAACUACAACAGACAAGGUUGGUCGAUUCUCUGUGUCAAGAACUGAGGACAAGAUGACCACUGUGGUUGAGAGUGAGCCCCCUGUGGAACGCCCUUUGUUGGAUUCUGAACAGGUUGUUCCUUCUAUUGUGGCACCAAAGAAAGAAAGGCCUGAAUUAUCAGAGUUAAGCCAUCUUAAUGGGCCAUCUUGUGACCUGGAAGCUGCUUUCCUAAGUAGGAAUAUGGAUGAUGGUUCAGGUAGCCCACAUUCUACUCACCAUUUGGGCUCCAAGGGUAGCCUUCCAAUCCAGAACCUUAGCCAGAGCCUUAGUAACUCAUUCAACUCCUCUUACAUGAGCAGUGACAAUGAAUCAGACAUUGAAGACGAGGACUUGAAGUCAGAACUACGUCGGCUACGAGAAAAGCACCUUAAAGAGAUCCAGGACCUACAGAGUCGCCAAAAACAUGAAAUCGAAUCUCUGUAUACCAAACUGGGCAAAGUUCCCCCUGCAGUCAUCAUUCCCCCCGCUGCUCCACUCUCAGGGAGAAGAAGGAGACCCACUAAAAGCAAAGGCAGCAAGUCUAGCCGCAGUAGUUCUCUAGGAAAUAAGAGCCCCCAACUUUCAGGCAACCUGUCUGCUCAGAGUGCAACUUCAGUCUUGCACCCCCAGCAGACACUCCACCCUCCUGGCAGCAUCCCAGAGACUGGGCAGAAUCAGCUGUUACAGCCCCUUAAACCAUCUCCCUCCAGCGAGAACCUCUAUUCAGCUUUUACCAGUGAUGGUGCCAUUUCAGUACCAAGUCUCUCUGCUCCAGGCCAAGGCUGUGCGAAGUUUAACUGUGCGUCUGAGCGGGUGACAUUCAAACCUGGUGGCAGGAGGACCCGAUUUCUGAGUACGCCCUGCUUGGCUCUUUGGAAGAUGGUGAAAAAAGUCUGUCCUUGCAACCAGCUCUGUAGGACCAGCAGUACGAAUACGGUGGGAGGAGCAGUCAAUAGCCAAGCCCCGCAAGCCCAGCCACCCAGCAGAAAGGGCACAUUCACAGACGAUCUACACAAGUUGGUAGACAACUGGGCCCGAGAUGCCAUGAAUCUCUCAGGCAGGAGAGGAAGCAAGGGACACAUGAACUAUGAGGGCCCUGGAAUGGCACGGAAAUUUUCAGCACCUGGACAGCUUUGCAUCUCCAUGACCUCUAACCUGGGUGGCUCUGCCCCCAUUUCUGCAGCAUCAGCUACCUCUCUAGGUCACUUCACCAAGGCUAUGUGCCCCCCGCAGCAGUACAGCUUCCCAGCUGCCCCCUUCAGCACUCAGUGGAGUGGAACAAGUGGCCCAGCACCACCACCCCUCAACCAGUUCCAGCCUGUAGGGAGUGCAUCCUUGCAGAGUUUCAACAUCAGCAAUCUGCAGAAAUCCAUCAGCAAUCCCCCAGGUUCAAACCUGAGGACCACUUAGCCAGACCGAGACAGGCCUGGGGAAACUGUGGGGAGGGGAGGUAGCCUAUAUACUAACUACUAUGCUGCAUAUAAACUGGUUGUUUCUUGCCAGAAGAAUGUUUCUAACCAUCAUACUUAACCCUCAGGAUGGAGAAUCUCCUUUCUUCCCCAUUUCUUGGAGGGAAAGGGAAAAAGCAGUUUUCUUAUGAAGGGUCAACUUCAUAUUGAGCUUUCUCGCUUCUCUGUAUCCAGCAGCCAGGGCAGUGAACAAGAGAGAAGUCACUGGGACAGCCACUGGAGAUCUCCUUCUCAAAAAGCAACCCCCCCCCAGUGCUGCUCUGAGGGGCAAAGUCCUAGCAUGAGGCUUAACAGUACACUUGAUGUCUCUUCCCUACAGUCACCUAACCCCAACCCCACCCCUUCAAGAGUCCAGACCACAGGAUAAAAAUUUGUCAGGGUCUUUCUUUCCCAUCUCUCCCUUUCAGCUCACCUUCUUUGGAACCCAGGCACUGGGGAGCUCAAGCAGAAUGGAGUUGCAGCUCUUGCUUUAAAAUAGGUCAUAACUGCUUUUAAGUACAAAAUAAUAAUAGCUUUGACUGCAGCAUUUAAAUUGUUUUUUUUUUAAAGUUCCCUGCGGACAUGUAACUUUGCCAUCAGUUUUGAUGUGGAAACACUGUGAUAUAUAAAUGUUGUUGGACAACAGUAGUUAAGAGUGGAAUAUAUAGAGGGUUCAAAAAAGUUCAAAAAAAGCUAGCUAUAUCCGUAUACUUAUUGGAGACACUUUAACUUUUUCCUUUGUAUUUCCAUUGUAUUAGAUAAAUAAAUGUGAAUGUAAAAUUGUAAAAUUACCGUACUUGAAUACUUGUCUGUUCUCCCAGUAUUGCUUGCUGGAUAUUUUAGUGCCUUGGACUUCUAUUGCUUCUGCAGUUAGCAUCAUCUUCCCAGCAGACCCCAGCCAGAGGACAGAUGCAAAGAACCCAUAGGUCCACGUGACCCAGGAUUAAGUAUGCUACAGGAGAAACCAGUUCAAAGGGUGCUUUUAAACCAUCCAGGAAAUUUGCCUGAAGCAGGUCUUGAAAGAGUGGUAGGAGGGGAUACGUUGAGAAAGUUGGUUGGAGGCAGGAGUUAGAAGUGGGGAAAGUGAUAUUAACUAUUGAGCAGUUAGGUUGAGGUCCUAUGGAGUGGUAUGUAUGAAGUGGUAGAAAGAAUGAAGAGUGAAGAGGAAGCUUAUUUAUAGACAGUGACAUCUGCUAGCCAAGCUCAUUACUUCUAUCUAUCUAUGAGCCUUCCUUAUUAUUCCAAAGUAAGGCAGACAGACGAGAAGGCAUCAGGAGAGUAUUGUCUAGAAAAAGUUGAAUCUGAAGGUUGGCUUGGGUUCUUAUCUAUCAAGUGGUCCUGAAGUGCUGGAGUAAGAUGAGGAGGAAAUUUAAUCAAGGGGGAAUCUGCUGGGACUGCUUUCCUUUUUCCGGUGUACCAGAGGCCUCUUAACCUGGAACAAUAACCAUUGCUGCCAUUGGAGGCCCUGAAACCACUGGUAUCUAAGCCACAUCUAUUUAUGAACAUUGCAGAAAAGACUGGUUUUUCCCAUUCCUCCUCUCUGAGAUGCCCAAGUGCUAUCAAAAACAAAACUUACUGUGCCACCUUUUAUACAUUUCUACAUCUACUUGCAAUUUCCUCUCAUCUUUUCAUUCAGAAAUAAGAAUUCCCUGAAUAAUACUGCAACCAAACAGUAUUACUCAGUGCUGCAUCCAGCUAUGCUGGGGGUGUGCCACAUGUCCUGAUGUUAUGCAACUCCAGAACAUUCAAGGCUCCAAGAAGAGGGGGGGGGGGGGGGGGCAAAAAAAAAAAAACAUGCCUAAUUAUUUGGUAUCUCUGCUGUCAAUGGAGAUAAGGAAGGUAUUUCUGUGGGUGCUUCUCUGCUUUCAUAAUAUAAGGGGAGAAAAUGUUUCCAACCUCUGAUCCAGCUUCAUACAGCACAGAGGACACGCACCUUGUAAAAACAAAGACUUGAUCAUAUAUGGCGGCAAGGGUUGCUAUCCUGUAUGUUCCUUGAAUGAUCUAUUUCCUGAGUUAAAUGAAAUAUGGCUCUAAACCUGCAAAUAAGACAAAACAAGUAGCUGGAUGAUCUAGGGAAGCAGAAAAAGGAGGGGUGGGGUUGGUGAACCUUGAUUACCAUAUGUUUCAUUUUGUUUUGUUUUCAAUUUUGAGAAAAAGGCCUUGCCUAGAGUGGAGAGGAUGAGGGGAGAUCGUAGGGUAAGGAUGAAAUUAAAAAGAUCCCAAUGACUGAGCAAUGAGCCAUCUAAUAGAACAGAAAUAGGAGAGAUGACAACAUUCUGCCAGAAGAACUGGGCAGCCAAAUGCAGCACAUAGUUAUUUAACUCUAUUGGUUUAAAAGUUUGAGGGGCUUUUCACUUACAAAAACAUUUACCAGGUUCAACAUUUACCAAGAACUGGUUUUUAUUUACUAUUGAUUUCCCACCUGUGGACGAAAUAACUGAAACCUAGAGGAAUAAACUAAUGCUACUGAACUGUUUAAAUUAUUUUGUGUUAAUAGUACACUUAGAGUAUCUUUUUCCACAUUUAAAAAAAAACUGUUUCUUAAUUACAAAUGUUUUCUUUACAUUAUUUAACAAUGUACACUGUAAAAAAAAAUAAAAUUAAUUCAAACCUUGGGGGUUUCUGAGCAGCCGUUAAUUGUAUAUUUUGCACUAACUGGCCGUUGCGCUUCUUGUAAGAUUGCGCUUUGCGCUGCAGUUUGUUACCUUUGUAGACUUAUUUAAUGAAACCAUUCAAAUAAACCGAACUUGCUUUUGUGGA